UUUUCAGUCGGAAUUUCAUCAUCGAUAAGUCUGCGUGGAAAAUGGAGCGGUAAUAGCUAAAGGAAUAACAACAGCGAAAAACGCAAAGAAAACGGCCUUUUGUCCGCUAUUUCAGCGAAUUUUUUUGUUAAAAGCAAAAAUUUACCAAACGACGACUUCUACCACUGCAACUACAUCCACUCACUACCACCAAAAUCACUAUCAAAAAUAAAUACAUACAUCCAAGCAGCAGCAGCAACGUUGACGUGAGCAGAAUUUUGUGAUGAAAAAAGUUAAUGGUCAAACAGAAUUAACUGCCACAGCGUAUACAGCUAAAGCACCAGCAGGAAAAACAACCGAAACAAUCUUUCCUAAAUUAAUCAUAUUGAACGCAAUAGAACAUCAGGAGCUAGAAAAUUUGCAAUUUAUUCAACAUCACCAACAAGCAGCAGAGAAAAAUCAAAUUGGCGUAGUAGGGGCGUCAGCUGUAGCAGCACUUGAAACGCAGUCGGACGAAACAUUUGUUGAGUCGACCGCGGCAGAGCUAGCGGCAGCGAACGCAACAGCAGUGAAAAUUUUCCAUAUUGAAAAUUUAAAUUUGCAAGGAUCACCAAAUUCUUCGCUUAAUUCAAUUGAGAUUAAUGCGGAAUCUUUUUUAUGCUACCUUAUUUGACUGUUAGUAAAACAUUGAGAAAAAGAAGAAGUUAGCUUCUCCGAACACCACCAGUUUUAGCACCAGAAAAAACAAUAGCAACACGAUUCUUGCUAGCAGUAAAAUCCAUCACUUAUUCAGCUUUAAUAGAAGCGAUCGUAAUUUCAUCUGAAAUUGAGUACCAAUCUAUACGUAUUCACUAUAAACUACAAUUUAAGGACACCGUAGUUAAAAGUGGAAAAGUACCUUCAGCAUAUAGUUUGGGAAAUUUUAAAAGAAGCGUCCUGUACGGAUUUAAAUACAUUUUGGCAAAUCAUUAUUUGCUGGUGGAAACCAGCACAACCAAGAGCAAUUAUUACUUUGAAGACUCCAUCCACCAUUUUGAACAAACAACAACGCUUUAGUAGCAUUCACAGCUGCAGUACAGCUAAAAGUCAACGAACACCCGAACCUCUCGGCAAACGAAAAAGUUGAAGAGGAAGCAGAAGUAGCUGUAGAAGAUCGACUGACAUUCGGCGUAUAAUAAUUGGACAAGUGAAAAAAAUUGAGGAAAGGAAGGAGGUGAAACAAAAGAAUAAGCGAAAUAAACAAAAAAUAAAACGUUUAAAAUUACAAACGUAAGCCAACAACAUAUAGAACGACACAUUCAGGCCAGACGGAAACUGGUGUUGCAGCCAACAAGUCGAAGCGAGCCGAAGUGAUAGAUAGAAAUCCACAGACUGUGGUAUAGGCCGUGAACAUAUAGGCAAGCAACUGUGUGUAGAUUAAGCAUCAAGGAAAGAAUAGUUCAGUUGUGUGUUCUUUGAACUUGUUCGGGCUUGUUGUUUUGGAAUUUUGUUUCGGAAGCAACUUGAAUAUAUACGUGUAAACGAGUCGUUGCUUAAAGUCAGUGUUCCAACAAGAAAAGUUCCGGCAAUAUAAAAAUAGCAAUUCCUCGAAAACUUUCAAACUGAAAUUAUAAAACUUUUGCAAUAUCAAAAAAUUAAAGAAAAAGUCAGUUCGAGAGAAGUGAUUUGUGCUAAUAUACGUGCCUGAGUUUUUAUUUUUUUGAAUUUGAGCGAUUGAUUGCCAAUUUAACAAAUUCCAUUUUGAAAUUCUACGCUGAUAGAAAUCUACCUUCAAUAAUUAUUUUUCACUAUAUCGCGGACAAAUAUUAUAUCGCCAACUUACUACCGCAAAGAAUAUAAACUACGUAAACACCGAAAACCGCUAACGAAGAAAUUGAAGAGAAAAAAUGGUGGAACGCAUAUUAGAGGAAGAGGAGUGCAACAGCUGCGCCCCGUCUGCAUCUAAUGUUGCCAGUGGCUCCAAUGUAAAAACGGACAACAAUGGCAAAGCUACUAAUUCUGCUGGCAGCGGCAGCGAUAGUGGUGUAGGCGGAGGUGGCACUUUCUCUACGGACACCGAUAACAGCAGUCAAUCAGGCGGCCAUAAUGAAAUCACACGCUAUAGCAGCGAAGAUGUUUCGGGCAACGAGUCCAGCGAGGCGCCGAAAAUGACGGAAAUCGAACGUCAGGCGGAACUUAAUCGCCACAAGGAGGAAAUGCAAAAGAAGCGACGCAAGAAGAAACGCACCAGUUCUUCUUUGCAUUCGUCAACAUUUCAAGAAUUGUAUAAGCUGACGGGCGAAAUCCUUGGCGAAGGCGCUUACGCCUCUGUACAAACAUGCGUGAACAUCUACACUGAUUUGGAGUAUGCCGUAAAGGUUAUCGAUAAAAUACCGGGACAUGCGCGUGCGCGUGUUUUUCGCGAAGUGGAGACAUUCCAUCAUUGUCAGGGACAUCCGGGCAUUUUACAAUUAAUUGAAUUCUUCGAAGAUGAUGAAAAGUUUUAUUUGGUUUUUGAAAAGAUUAAUGGCGGCCCCCUUUUGAGGCGCAUUCAGGAGCAGAUUUGUUUCUCAGAACACGAGGCAGCGCAGAUUAUCAAGGAAAUUGCAUCCGGUUUGGAUUUUCUGCACAAGAAAGGCAUUGCACAUCGUGAUCUGAAGCCGGAAAAUAUUUUAUGUGUCGAUCCGGACAAAUUGUGUCCGAUUAAGAUAUGCGAUUUCGAUUUAGGAUCGGGCAUUAAAUUCACCACAGACGUUUCAUCGCCAUCGGCAACCCCACAACUUCUAACACCAGUCGGCAGCGCUGAAUUUAUGGCGCCCGAAGUUGUUGAUCUAUUCGUUGGCGAGGCAAAUUAUUAUGAUAAGCGUUGUGACCUGUGGUCACUUGGUGUUAUCGCAUAUAUUCUGUUGUGUGGCUAUCCACCAUUUUCGGGCAAUUGUGAAGAGGAUUGCGGCUGGAAUCGCGGCGAGAAUUGUCGCACCUGUCAGGAGUUGCUCUUCGAGUCCAUACAAGAAGGACGAUUUUCUUUUCCCGAGGCUGAAUGGGAGGAUGUAAGCGAGGAGGCCAAAGAUUUAAUACGUGGUCUACUUGUCAAGGAAGCGCCAAAGCGUCUAAGUGCCGAAGCAGUACUAAACCAUCCGUGGAUCAAGUUUUCGGAGGAAGAGUGUCCGAAUGAUAUUAAGAAAAUGGAGAAUCGGCGAAAGGCGCUGCGUACACCGGGCAAUAUAAGGCGAAAUCAAUCAGCGCGCGAGAUAUCCCGAUUCGCCGAGUCGGCAAUGGCUGUGAAACGUGUGAUACUACAACACUUUUCCAUGCGUUAUGACUACAUGAAAGAGCGCCCGAACAUCUAUCAGCCGUCGCAAAUGCAACUGGACGCCCAGAAUGGCGGCACCGGCGCGGAGAGCAACAACAGUCCACCAAUAUUUAUAAAGCCACCACCGCCACGUAGUCGCUCCAUGAAUAAUACGCUGAGCAUCAGCAAUAAUCGUUCCAUCUAUGGCGCUCGCAAUAGCAAUCUGUAUGCCACACGCAAUUCGAGUCGUUUCGGCAACAGCAUUAAUGGCGGCAAAGCGUCUAGCAUCUACCAAUCGGGUGCACCAUCAUUUAAAACACUUAACGUACACGAAGAGGACGACGACGAUGAGGAGGCGCUGGAAGCAUUUGGACGGCUCGAUGAAGAUGAAGAGUGGGCACAUGUGGGAGAACAUCAGACCGGAUACUUUUCUGCCGCCAAUGAAGAAGAUUUAAAAGCGGAAGUGGAAGCCAGACGUAGGCAAAUGGGGAAUAAUGCUGCAGAUGAGAGUGACCACGAGGAUUAUCCACAUCUUUGGCGUGACAUGGAUAAUGAGGAUGAGGAGGAGGAGUGUGACUUAGGUGGUGAGGUGAGAGAAACCAGCACAAAUAGGCCAUAUGAACAGGAUGGCGAGUGCAGUGAUAAUAAUACGCCCCAUGACUAUGACGAUUACACUAGACGUCCAAAAUACUAUCUUGAUGAUAAUAACGAAGAUAAAGAGAUAGAGCUCAAAGUGGACGAAGAGUUGGAGGAGAAGAAUCGUUAUCGUCAUGGUGAUUACGGUGAUAAUGCUAUUACUAGUGAUGCGGAGGAUAGUUCCUGUGUUAGGGGUGAUGACAAACGCAGUAAGACAACAUUACUACAGGGUGCCAUGCAGAUUAAGGAGGGAGAGAGAUCAGCCGGAGCUGAAACUGCUCUCGAGUUAAGUUUUAAUAGAUUACCUAAUAAUGAGAGUAAGGUUAAUGAUGAGAACGUGGAGAACGUAGAGUGGAAGAGGAGGGGCGUUGAACAGGAGCGAAUGUUUGAAGUUAAUGAUUAUGUUAAUGUUGAUCAUAAUAAGGUUAAGGUUAAUGAUGAACUUGAAGAAAAAGUUGCAGAUGAGGCAAAUAAUUCGUUUGCAAGAGCAGAAAUUAAUGAACAUGUUUUCACGGUAGAGGAGAAAGAAAACAUCGAAAAGCAAAAUAAACAAGAGCAAAUAGAUUUUGCUAACGAAACGAAAUUGAAUUUCAAUGAAAAUUCAAAAACAAAUUUCAAAACUUAUUAUAACAUCCAAGAUAAUAAUAUUGAAGCUAAGAAGAAUGCUGAUAAUGAAAAUGCUAAUAACUGUAUGGUUAAUCGUAGCAGCAGCCGCAGCAACAACAACAACAGCAGCGACGCAAGCGGCAACAAAGCGAAUGAAUUGUUGCUGGACGCUGGACAAAACCAACUUCCAAUAAGUGAUAUUAAUGAUGUAACAAUCAAUAAUUCAAAUACCACAACAAUUGCAGUUAAUGCAACCAAAACAACUCACACCACCAACGACAACAACAAUAGUAAUGUUUCGAUUAUAGAAACAAAAGCCAAAACAAAUAUUGCAAACAAAAACAUAAUCGAUGCAGAUAAUGUUACAAUAACAACAAAAGAAAAUGCUAAAUUAUUGGCUAGUAUUAGUGAUUUGAAAGAAACGCUACCUGAACUUAAUGAGACUGCAAACAUUGUUGUCGCCACGCCAUUAAACGGAGUCGCCACCAAAAAAGCAACAAUCAAUGGAAAAAGAGGCAAAUCUGCACCGCCCGCCGGCAGCACAAUCGAUGAAGAGAACGGAGGAAAAGUUGACGAUGGGCUGGCGACUUCCAAGAACGCGGUGACAACAAUGCGAACGACUUUUGGCAAUCAACAACAACAACAAACACAAAAACAGCUAAAACAGCAGCAGAAGCAGCCGCCAAAGCAAAAUCAAAAGCAGCAGCAGCAGCAGCAGCAGACCCAACAACAACAACACCAAUAUCAGCAACAACAACAAUCACAAAAUCAAAAACAACAAACAUUGAUAAAAUCAAAGCGUUCGCCGCGCGCAAACAAACCACAGCGUAAUGUCUGUUUUGCGCUGGGCAACACCGUCGGUCACCAUGUUGGCGGCGUUGAUGACGACUACGAUGCAUAUCAGAACAACAAUUAUGACGCCGAGCUGGAGGAUGAUGCCGACGAGGAUGAUGUCACUUACGGCAGACCACGUUCGCACAGCAACAACAUCAAUGCAACUGGUUAUGCACGUCGUCAGCAACAAUACAACAACAAUCAUCGACGCUACUCACAACCAACAUCCGGCAGCAACAAGCAGCAGCAACAACAUUCGUCCGGACAAAAAGCCGAAAAUUGGCGCAACCGCGAUGGUAUUCUAAUAAAUAGCAACAAUACCGGCAACGGCAACGGAGACACAUCGAACAACAGCUCCGGCUUAAGUGCCACGGUAGCAGCAAAUAAUUACCGCAAUAAGUAUCGCUCACAAGGUGGCGUCAAUUCGCCUGGCUGGAAUGUGGGCGGCGGCGGUCAACGCAAUGGCGGCCACUACUACAACGCACGCUCUGGCGGUGGCAAUUACGGUCAUGUGGGCGUAAGUGGCGCCUCGCCACCAUCCGAUGACAGCGGCAGCGGUUCAUCAGGUGCCAUACACAACUGGCGUAACGAUUGCAUCUACACGGGCGCACGUAAUUGUGGCAUGCAACAACGACGCAGCUACCAACAUCCUACACAGCUGCGCUAUUCGCCACCCACACACGAUGGCCACGGCGGCAGCAUUAUGCGCGCACAAUUCAGCCGAAACAAUCAACAACAGCCGCGCAUCGGUUCAGGACGUUUCACACAUUCACCAACCGGCAGUAUGUAUGUGCCGCAGUCGCGCGGCAGUGCCGUCAGCGGCAUAUACCAAAGCGGCAAUGGUUUUGGUUUGGGAGGUGGGGGCGUCGGCGUCGGCAGUGGUUCACCACCAUCACCUGGUGAGCUGGGCAUUGGACUCUCACCGCCGAGCGAGAGUUUAUUAAUGCAGCGACGUAUGCAUGUAGUAGCAGGCGCUGGGCAGCAUCGCAGUAAUGACUUCGGUGUGGGCGAUUUCUGCCAAUCGGCAACAGCUAGCGGUUAAUAAGCGAAAAGUUUACAACAUUCACAUCCAUCAAAACAUACACACACACAUAUAUAUUUUACACACAAAAGAAAACUUCAUUCAAACAAAGUGGGACACGAAACGCUCGUUUCACGAACGUUUUGUUGUUCUUAAAACGAAACCAACUCGAUUUCAUUUAUGUAUACUUAUUCAAAAAUCUAAACACUAUGUAACUGUAGGUGUGUGUGUGUGAGCGCAACAAGCGUUUUUGUUAACGUGGGCAACUAGUAUUUUGUACUGCUUGAUUGUAAAUUCCCUACUUUCUAUAGUGUUGUCCCUACUACUUUUAAAAACUGUAACACCACGUACCCUUUUUGCGCUCACACAUGCACCCUCACCAAAAUUCUGAACCUCUUCGGUUCAAGUAACACCUACGUAUUUCAAAAUCUACGAAAAAAAAAACUUAUUUUUGUACUACUCGUAAUAAUUUAAUCCUCUCCUUUGUGUAACGGUUUGCCUGAUUGUUGAGCGUGUUAUACUGUAAAGCACGCUUGCCAUGCACUUCGUUUAUAGUUUAAGCGUAGCCUUGCGUAAAAGGCAACGAAAGCUCUAGGCAUGCGUCAAUUCCAAAUUAGAUGAAUUUAGUUGCGAUAUUUUGCCAAUAGUUAAAACUUAAUUUUUCCCGAUUUUAAUUAUUUACAAUUAUUUUAAAUCACUUUCUUGAAUAUUUUUUUUUUCCACAAACAUAGUAUCUCUUAUCUGUCGCGCUCAACAUCAUGCUUUCCGAAAUUCCAAAUACACAUAAUUUAGUUGUAAUUACUUCAUUAAUACUAUUAGCUCAAAAUUUUGUCUUAUUUUCUGACAGAAAUGUUUAUUUUCCAAUGUGUUUAAUUUUUUUUUUAUAUAUACCUUAUACUAUUUCAAAGACUUUUCGUAACGACUGUUAAAUGUAAACAACAAAAAGAAACGCAAACACCAGAACAAACACAAAAGAAGCAAAACACACAUGUCAAGUUUGUUGUAAGAUGAUUUAAAAAUGUUGAUGUUAAAUAUGGCUGUUACGAUGGAAAAACAAUGGCUUUUUGGCUCGCUUAUGUAAUGUGUAUUAUGAACGAAAAUGAAAAUAUACAAAAUAAAUGUUCAUAUGUACGAACACCACACACUCAACA